AUGAUGCCUCGUCCGAGCCUUCUUUGUCCUCUUUCGCUGCUGUUGGCACUGUUGAGUGUGUCUGUGGUGUGUUCUUUUGUCACUACAGGUCCUUCGUCGAAGCAGCAAUUUGUGAUUCGCAACGCCAAGGCCAAGGCUGAUGUCGAGCCGCUGCAGCACGACAACAACAAGCACGAUCCGGCAUACGUGCGGCACCCUUCGGAUGGCAGCGUGAUUGUGGAUCCGAAUGGAAAACCUCUUACGGUAGAUCGCAUGCUGGCCACCAAACCUCUGCGCUCCGACUUGAUGACCCGCCCUGGUCCUGGAAGACGUGAGCUCACAUACAUGGCGGGGGAAAGCGUCAUUAGCACGUUAAAUCAAGUCUUUGGGUAUGACGGAUGGAAUCUUCAGGUAAUACAAACGGAACCCGUAUUGAGAGAGCAAUUGGAUGGGAAACGUUGGUGCGUCGUCUACACGGCCCACGUUCGAAUUACUCUGACCGAAACUGGGACGUUCAAAGAAGAUUAUGGGACGGGAGAUGCCAUUGACAACCAGCUACCGGCUGCGCUACAGUUGGCGUUGAAAGCGUCCAUUACCGAUGCCAUUAAGCGUGCAGCUCGUCAUUUUGGAGAUAAACUUGGAAAUUGCUUGUAUCAGAAUAAGUUUGAUCUCAACGAAGCCCCCAAGAAUUUGGGUCAAGCUCUGGAGCAGUUCGAUAAGAGAAUGGGGAUUUGA